GGGGGGGGGGGGGGAGGGCAGGCCAUCGUCUGGCGCAACGUGGUGCUCAUGGGGCUGCUGCACCUGGGCGCCGUGUACGCGCUGAGCCUGGUGCCGCGGGCGCACAUCCUCACCCUGCUCUGGGCAUAUUUCUGUUUCCUGCUGACGGCUCUGGGUGUGACAGCUGGCGCACAUCGCCUGUGGAGCCACCGCUCCUACAAAGCCAAGCUGCCUUUGAGGAUCUUCCUGGCUGCAGCUAACUCCAUGGCUUUCCAGAACGACAUCUACGAGUGGAGCCGGGACCACCGCGUGCACCACAAGUACUCGGAGACGGACGCGGACCCGCACAACGCCCGCCGCGGCUUCUUCUUCUCGCACAUCGGCUGGCUCUUCGUGCGCAAGCACCGCGACGUCAUCGAGAAGGGCAGGAAGCUGGAUUUCACUGACCUGCUGGAUGACCCCGUCGUCAGGUUCCAGAGAAAGUAUUACAAGAGCUCAGUUGUGCUGAUGUGCUUUGUGAUCCCCACCGUCGUGCCGUGGUACCUGUGGGGCGAGAGCCUGUGGAACGCCUACUUCCUGGCCUCCAUCCUGCGGUACACCAUCUCCCUGAACGUCACCUGGCUGGUCAACAGCGCCGCGCACAUGUACGGCAACCGCCCCUACGACAAGAACAUCAACCCCAGGCAGAACACCCUGGUCACCCUGGGAGCCAUCGGUGAGGGUUUCCACAACUACCACCACACCUUCCCGUUUGACUACUCAGCCAGUGAGCUGGGCCUGAAGUUCAACCCCACCACCUGGUUCAUUGACUUCAUGUUUUGGCUGGGGUUGGUCACUGACCGCAAGCAGGCUCCCAAGGAGAUGAUCCAGGCUCGCAAGGAAAGGACUGGGGAUGGCAGUGCCUGAGGAGUGACGCUGCGCUGGGCCAGCGCUGCUGGCUGGGUGUGCCCAUGCCUGUGGUGGAUUUACCUCUGGGUAAAAGGAUUUUUUUUUGUUUCAGAUCAGCUGGGCUGAAUUAGUUCCCCAGGAAUUGAUUCAGCCACAG